GAUUCUUGGGGCUUUCAGAGUCUAAUACCCCCAAGGUCUCCCAUAAAGGGACUCCUGUAUAAUACCUAUGCUUCUACCUUCAUUAUAUAUAACCCACUCUCCUGGUUUCCCAGGUUGGAGAUAUUACCAGAGAGAAGCAGAGGAGAAAAGGAAGCUGAUUUCUAUUCUGAAAAGCCCCCUGGGCCAGCAACAUGAUACCAUCCGUUUUCGUCAACUGUUAUGUCCAGACCCCUUCUGUGAGGUGUGUAAUAGCGCAGCUGCUGAGGUCAAUCGGCUGCUGUUCCCGGAGGACCUGGAAGAUGAUACUCCCUCUGUGUCCUCCAUGGCUUCCACAGCCUCUGUGACUGAGUCAUCGUUCACUGUGUCCUCUGCCUCCUCAGAAGUCCCUGUAGGAGACCUAAUACCAGCCCCUCCACCUGAGCCUUCCUCACCACCCCCCUCCAGUCUCUCUCCUAACCCAAAGACCCCCUUAGCUGACUUUCUUUCACCGGGUCACUCUCUGCCACCAGAACCUUUUCCUCCCUUGGAUUCUAAAUUCCCAGGGGACCCUUCCCCACCCCAACCCCUUGCCUUUCCCCCUCUCCCACCACAUGACACUCAGACAGUAGUUCCUGCUAUCCAACUAAAUGGCACUUUAUGUCUGCAUACCAUCUUCUCUGUUAAUCCCACACUUUCCCAAGACAUCAACCUCUUACCAAAUUUGUCCCAGACAAUGAAUCCCACCGAUUCAUUGGCUUGUCAUCAUGUACCACCUACCCAGUCUGUUUCACCACCACCAGACUGCCCUUUAACUGUGACUCAAUCUAAAUCAGUUUCCAUCUUAUUGAAGCCUGUUCUGGAGAACUCCUCUCCAGAUAGCCCUGAUGGGUUUCCCACUUAUGUGCCAACAAUCAGAGGCAGUGACCGUUCAAGGCUGUCAGUUUCAGAAUUCUGGUGGCAAACUCAUGCCAAAGGCUUGUUCCCUUCCACUUUGGCACCAUCUGUUUUCAAUCAAGAGUUUCUUGCCCUCCAUUCUUCAGAGGCCUCUUUUGGUGGAGACCCUGCAGCCAACCUUGUAGAGCCUGGUAACCUCUUGUUUCUCAGCCCUGAUGUCCUGGCACUUCUGGAGAGACAAAUCCAACAGAGGAGUGAUUUUCUGAUGUUGAAGGAAAAGGAAAGGGAAAAGGAAAAGGGUUCUUUUCCAAAACAACUUAGGGCAGACUACCAACUCAAUUCUUCAGGGAAAAUGUCAGAGGGAAUUGCUGAUAAGCAUGACUUGGCAGUCUCCCAUCCUUGUUGGAGCAGCAAAGGCAAACCAAAAGAGCUGCAUGUGCACCAGCAGCCCCUAUAUCCUAAGACCUCAGAGGAUCAUUUACAGCAAAAACAUAUCCAGCUCUUCUGGGGUCUCCCAUCUCUGCACAGCGAGUCCUUGCCCUCUGCUGUCCAUGUCUCAGGUGACUGUUCCUCAAUCUUCAUUUUCAAUAGAAUCUCGAAUGCCUCCACAGACCAAGAAUCCCCAGUACUUCCUCAUCGUCUACCAUUGUCCUUGCCUGAGAUCCAGCCUCAAUCCUUGCCUCAAACCUUGCCCCAAUCCCAGCCCCUACGUCUCACUCAGGUCUAGCCCCAAACCCACCUUCAGUCUCCACUCCCAAUCCUACCCUCUGGUCCUUGACCCCAGAUUAGGAUCUGUGGAGUGUGUUUCCAUAGACCCCAGAAUGAAUCAGAGUCUCUUACCUCAUCUGAAAUUCAACAGCUGGAAUGGAACGUGUUGCAGAAGCAACAGGAAAGUUUGUGGGGUUUACCCUCUGUGGUCCAAAGAUCUCAGGAAGACUUUUGUCCUUCAGCUCCCAACUCUUCUUACUGCCAGGCCUCCCAGGCCCAUGUUUCAAUCUCCAUCCUUCCUGGAGAGUUUCCUCUCAGUGACGAGUUUCAGAAGAAACUAGAGCAUCACCUUCGAAAGAGGCUCAUCCAACACCGAUGGGGCCUGCCCCGCAGGAUCCAUGAGUCUCUGUCACUGAUGAUGCCUCCAAGAGAUUUCUCAGAGAUAUGUGAGUUGGAGAGCAAUCAUGGACUCUCAGGGAUCUCUGUGAACAAAAAUCUAAAUGUUGGAUUGGGCCAACCUGGAAGUGUCCAUGAGAGGGGCUCAGAAAUGCCUCAGCUAGAGAAAGAUGUGGGGAAGGAUCAGGGACAUAGCCCAGAGAAUGGCCCAAAAGAUCAUCUGUUGAAUGAGCCAGAGAGCUCUUCAGAUAAGGAUCUGGGGUAUGACUCUGAGAAAGACCUACAUAGCAACAUGGUGAGUCUGUUGGAAAAAAAUUCAAGGGCCUCAGGGGGCAGUCUAGAUCAGAAACAACUUGAAAAUGUCCUGAAAGUACAUUUGAGCAAGAAGUUUGAGGAAAUCAAUGAGGGUCAGCUCCCUGGGACUGUGCAUAGUUCAUGGCAUGCUAUCAAGCAGACAUUGCUGCUUUCUGACAAAUCCCACACCCAAAUAAAACAGAGAGGUUUGUCACCAUCAGUGGGUGGGGACUACUCCCUGGAUACCUUCCAGGAGCUUUCCUUCAUUGAUUCCAGUGCACGACAGAUGCUGGAAGCCCAUAUUAAAAGGUUUCAUUUGAAGAUGAUGUGGGGCCUUCCUCGCAGGGUCCUUGAAUCCAUAGAGAUCUUUAAAUUGAAAGAUGCCGCAUCCCAGUCUUUGUCCCAUUCCCACUUUCCCUUCUCAACCGACCUGAUUUCUGAGCUGGACUCCAAAUCUGGGGGCUUCAAGUCCUUUGGAGGAAGCUCUAAAUCUCUUUAUGGGGACAAAGAGGGAACAACACAUUCAGCCCCUGUCCUGGAUUGUCCUCGCCCUGCCACCUCAUCCGUGGGCAAGGGAGGACAGGGGACCCUGAGACAAUCACCCUCUGGUAUCAACCAUGAGCUGGCAGAGGAUGUUCAGAGAAGUAAGGGUGCCAGCACUCUUCUGCCUGUCACACAUGGCAUCACAGGCAAAGCAAGUCAGAGACAGACUCCACUAGGCAACAGAUACCCCGCAAAGCUGCCCGCAAGGCAAGCUGGGGCCAGAUAUGAGCCAAAGGAUAAGAGUGUGAGUUCGAGGGACAGAGUACAAACACAACAGGGCAAAAAGAUGGAGAAGAAGUCAGAACCCUUUUCCAUGCACAAUGUGUCCAGGGAGAUAUUCAGGGCCAAGGAGCUCGGUACUCUUCAAUCAAAAACUGGUGACAUCUUGACAACCAGCAAGGCAAGAAGCUCCCAAAUGGUAAAUGUGAAUGAGAGUAAAGUAGAAACUACUGUGACCAAUGAAAGGCCCCCACCAAGAAGAUCAGUUCCCCAAGAUCCUAAAUCAUCAGACCAUAAAAAACAGCUGUUUGGUGAGUCAAUGUCUAAACUGGAGAAGAGGGAGCAGAGCCAGGCCCAAGGCCAAUGCACUGACAGGCCCCUUGCCUCAGAGAGCUUGACUUACAAGGCCUCACUGGCUCAUGCCCAGGGUGUCUCCAGUGGGGACAUGGGAGCUUCCCAGGUGCUGCAUGUCCAUUUGGAGGACAGAGGAAUCAGCAUGGAGCAGCAGCAGGAGCCAUGGGUCCCUAAGCAUGUGAUAAGGAGGUGCCAAGAUAAGAAUUUCCCACCAGCUGUAAAGAGAAUGAGCCCUUUGGGCCCCAAAGCAGAAGAGCUUGGUGGAGGGGACGCAGGGUUGGGGACAUCCCAACCUAGAAGGAAGAGUUUCCCUACUCAGGACAUGGCACUAGAGGAGACGCUUGGGAGCAAGUCUUCCCAGACCCCA